AUGGUUGUUGUAGUAGAGGUGGCGGUGGUGGCGGUGAUGGCAGUGGUGGUAGUGAUGGCAGUGGUGGUAGUGGUGGUGGUUGUUGUAGUAGAGGUGGCGGUGGUGGCAGUGGUGGCAGUGGUGGUAGUGGUGAUGGUUGUUGUAGUAGAGGUGGCGGUGGUGGCAGUGGUGGUAGUGGUUGGUGGUAGUGGUGAUGGUUGUUGUAGUAGAGGUGGCGGUGGUGGUAGUGGUGAUGGCGGUUGUAGUGAUGGUAGUGGUGAUGGUGGUUGUAAUGGUGGUGGCGGUGGUGGUAGUGGUGAUGGUGGUUGUAGUGAUGGUAGUGGUGAUGGUUGUUGUAGUAGAGGUGGCGGUGGUGGCAGUGAUGGUAGUGGUGAUGGUGGUUGUAGUGGUGGUAGUGGGGAUGGUUGUUGUAGUGGUGAUGGUGGUUGUAGUGAUGGUAGUGGUGAUGGUGGUUGUAGUAGAGGUGGCGGUGGUGGCAGUGAUGGUAGUGGUGAUGGUUGUUGUAGUGGUGGUGGUAGUUGUAGUGAUGGUAGUGGUGAUUGUGGUUGUAGUAUAGGUGGCAGUGGUGGUGGUGGUUGUGGUGGUGGUGGAGAACCAAUUGCCCGUGUUUACACUUCUACGCACAUUGAGAAUGGCAAUGACAUACUCUGGAAACAAUAUAAUGCCCGUAAGCUUGUUUCUCUUAAUCAUGACCCUUGA